CCGCCGCGCUCCGCGCCGCUCGCCUUUAGGGGCCGCCGACCCCCGCGCCCGCCGGACACCGCCGCUCCGAGCGCCCCGAGCCCCGCCGCGUCCGACAUGAGGGAGAAGGGCCGCAAGAAGAAGGGCAGGACCUGGGCAGAGGCCGCCCGGACGGUCCUGGAGAAAUAUCCCAACACACCCAUGAGCCAUAAGGAGAUCCUUCAAGUUAUCCAGAAAGAAGGACUUAAGGAAAUCAGCGGGACGUCCCCCCUGGCCUGCCUGAAUGCCAUGCUGCACACCAACUCCCGCGGCGAGGAGGGCAUCUUCUACAAGGUCCCGGGCAGGAUGGGCGUCUACACGCUCAAGAAGGACAUCCCGGAUGGGCUGAAGGAGCUGUCGGAGGGCUCCGAGGAGAGCAGCGACGCCCACUCUGACUCGCAGAGCUCGGAGCACAGCAGCUCCAGCAGCGACGGCUGCGCCGCCAAGGACAGGAGGAAGAGCAGGUGGAAAAGGAAAGUGUCGCCCCGCCUGGCCCCCGCGGGCUCCCCGCAGCCCGGCUGCCCCUCCCCGUCCAUCCCGGGCAAGGGCCUCUCCUCCUCCCAGAAGCACAGCAAGAAGGCGCUCAAGCAGGCCCUGAAGCAGCAGCAGCAGAAGCAGCAGCAGCAGCAGCAGCAGUGCCGGGCGGGCGUGGCCCCGGGCGUGGCCCCGGGCGUGGCCCUGCCCUCCGGCCAGCACGUCCUGCUCAAGGCCAAGGCCACGCCCGGGCGCUCAGGUUGGGAAGGGAAGCAGGCAGAUGGACAUUCCAGCAGCCCCCCAAACUCCACCUCCAGCUCCUCGCCCUCGGUGAAGCUCGAGAACUCCCUGCCAGGGCUGGCCAAGAAGCCCUUCCCAAGAUCUGACAGGCUCCACGCACGGCAGCUGAAGAGAGCCCGCUGUGCCGAGAUCGACGUGGAGACGCCGGACUCCAUCCUGGUGAACACCAACCUGCGGGCGCUGAUCAACAAGCACACCUUCUCCGUGCUGCCCCCCGAGUGCCAGCAGCGCCUGCUGCUGCUGCUGCCCGACGUGGACAGACAGGUCGGGGCUGACGGGCUGAUGAAGCUCAGCAGCUCGGCGCUCAACAACGAGUUCUUCACCUCGGCUGCCCAGGGCUGGAAGGAGAGGCUGUCGGAAGGAGAGUUCACCCCGGAAAUGCAGCUCCGGAUCCGGCAGGAGAUGGAGAAGGAGAAGAAGGUGGAGCUGUGGAAGGAGCACUUCUUCGAGAGCUACUACGGGCAGAGCUCUGGGCUGAGCCCCGAGGAGUCGCAGCGACUGACAGCACAGCCCGAGGCAGAGCCCGGCCGGCCCCGCAGCCCCCCGGCCCCGCGCCGGGAGCAGGGCACGUCCCCCUCGGAGCCCCCCUCGGAGCCCAGGGCAGCCCCUGCCGCCGUGAGGAAAGCAGGAGAGGAGGGCACAGAGGAGCCCAAGGCAGCCAAGCCCGCCCAAGCGUCGCCGGAGCGGCGAGCGGUGAGAGCCGGCGACCGAGCCCACGGAGAGACCCUGCCCCAGAAACCCCCCAGUGCCUCCAGCCAGGGGGCAGAGGAGCAGAGGAAGCCUGGGGCGGCAAAGGAGGCGCCAGGAAAGGAAUCCCUGGGUGCCCCGAGCAAACCAAAGAGCCCCGAGGCAGCUGGGCAAAGCCCUGCGGCAGCCCCGGCCCCGCCGGAGAAGGAGAAGGAGAAGGAGGAGAAGAAGCCCCCCGGGAGCGAGGCCAUGGAGGUCGGGGUGGAGGCCCACAAGAGGAAGUCGGAGAGCAGGGAGGAAGCUCCAGGCAGCCCCGAGAAGAAGCCCCGUGUGGCCGAGCCCUGCCAGCACCAGCAGGCCUUUCGGAGCCAGCCCUUUCCCGGCGCGGGGGCGGCGGUGCCGCGGGUGCCCCCGCUCAAGAUUCCCGUGUCCAGAAUCUCCCCGAUGCCAUUUCCUGCGGGCCAGGUCUCUCCCAGGGCACGCUUCCCCCUCUCCCUCAGCAGUCCGGGCAGGACAGGGGCCAGGACCUUGGCCGACAUCAAGGCAAGAGCCCAGCAGGCCAAGGCUCAGAGGGCAGCGGCCGCCGCCGCCGCCGCCUCGGCCGGGGGGGCCGUGCCGGGGCCCGGCCCGGGCGGGGGGAGACCCCCGGGCAGGGGGGGAGACGGGAGAGACCCCGGCGGAGCCGCCCAAGCUGCAAGCGGAGCAAACGCACUGGAACUGGCAGGAACUGGAAGCGGGGGAAGUUCGAGAAGGUUUCUUCCCCACGGCCCAGGGCCCCGUUCCCAGGUGGAGAGCCAGGCGGAGCCGGGAGCUGCUCGCCGUCCUCCUGGAGCACAACUACAGCCAGGGGCCCCCGCGGCAGCCCCGGCGCUAGGGAAUGGCCCGGGGGCCACCCCGGGGUCCCCGGGCACCCCCAGCGGGGACCGGGCAGGGACGGCCCCUCCUGCCCCAGCCCGGGGGGCUCCGGGCCCCGGGAACGGGCCCGGCUGCAGCAGCGGAACCCCGGGAGCCUCAGCAGGGAGCGGCUGUGACCUUCCCAAAGGCAAAUCUCUUUCCCCUCUGGUGUCCCCCCUGCCACCCACGGGGCCCGGAGGCCAGGCUGGAGCUGUGGGCGCUCCUGUCCCGCCCUCCAGCAGCUCCUCCGUUGCACCCAGCCUUAAAUCCCCUCCCAGUGGGGCCCUGCCCCGAGGGAGCUCCAGCAUUCCUGCCAACAACCCUUUGGUCACCCAGCUGCUCCAGGGCAAGAGCGUCCCUCUGGAGCAGAUCCUGCCCAAGCCGCUCACCAAAGCAGAAAUGAAAACUGUCCCGGUGGCUCCUCAGGGAGAGAAGGGGGCGGCAGCUCCCGGUGCGGCGGGGAACGGCGCCGAGGCGGGGGACAGACCGUCGAGUUUGCCCCCGCAGCAGCUUGGGAAGAUCUUCUGCCAGAACAGGCCUCUGCCUCACAUUCCAAGGACCUUCCCGCUCCCCUCGGGAAAGGACCCCGGUCCUGAGCAGCACCAGGGCCACGAGGCGCUGAGCAAAUCCACCCAGGAGCAGAUCCUGCAGACUCUCAUCAAGAGGGUGCAGAGGCAGAAUCUGCUGCCCGUCCUUCAGCCCUCGCAGCUGAACCUCCCGCACUCAGGUUUCCCGGUGGAAAACGGCUCCACCAGCCAGAGAUUCAUGCUGGGCUUCACGGGCAGGAGGACGUCCAAGCCUGCCAUGUCUGGGCACUACCUGCUCAACAUCUCCACCUACGGCCGCGGCUCGGAGAGUUUGAGGAGAGGCUUCUCCCUGAACCCCGAGCCCCGCCUGGGGCUGAGCAGCCCCGCCGAGGGUGCCAGGGCAGAGCUCGGGGAGUGCGAGGACGCGGGCGGCCAGGGCAGCAGCAGCGAGGAGGACGCGGACGACGAGAGCUCCGGGGACGAACGGCAGCACCUCGGCGUCAAAGAGGAGCCGCGGGCGGGGCAGGGGGAGAAGGAGCAGGGCUCGCAGGGCACCGGCCCUGCAGCCCCCGGCUCCCCGGGGGCGAAGGCCGAGGCGGCCCCGGCGGCCAAGGAGAAGGCGCCGGCGCUGGACGGCACCGCGCUGGCCCGGGACCUGCUGCAGGCGGCGCAGGACCAGAUGGCCCACGCCAUGAGGGGCAAGGGCCACGGCGGCAGGGAGCUCUUCGGGCCCCCCGCGCCGUCCCCGGAGCCGGCACAGCCCCCGCUGCUCCCCGCCCCACUCCCCCCGAAGCUGCCCGGGAGCGCCGGGGCGCAGCUCCUGGGGCCCAGCUACAGCGGCACCAUCAACGUGUCCACCUCGCCCGACGUGGGCCAGGGCUCGCUCAUGAGCGAGUGCAACCAGCUGGCCAGCUCCAUGGGCAACGUCAUGUCCUUCUCCGUGACCGUCACCACCAUCCCCACCGGGCAGGCUGUGAACUCUGGCGGCCACGGGCAGAGCCUCCCGGUGCAGGCGUUCGCCGAGGACGGCGGCAUGGAGGAUCCCCCUUCCAAAUGCUACUGCAGGUUGAAAGCCAUGAUCAUGUGCAAGGGCUGCGGUGCCUUCUGCCAUGACGACUGCAUCGGCCCCUCCAAGCUCUGCGUCUCCUGCCUCGUCGUGCGGUAACGGGGGCGGCACGCGGGGAGCGGCGCGGCUUCCUCCGGGGGCUGCUCUGGGAAGAAUCUUGGGAAGAAACAGGAAUUUUACUGCCUUGCACAAGAGACACGUUACUGAAUCAGGAAUACAGAGUUAGAGUCCUUCUUUCAUUAACGAAAGAGCACCUUCUUGUACAGGGAGUCGAAAUCGCGCUCGACUACGUGAAUUGUGACAAGAGUUUGCACUUAAGGAAUUAUGUAAAUACGCCACGUUAUUUUGUUUAAAGAUAUUUUUUCAAUCUUUUA